AUGUCUUGUCCCAGCACCCCUGCACGUCAACCACAUUUCUACACCGAUCCAACAUCUGGGCUUCGUCGAUCACCUCGAAAAAUGUGUCCCGAGGGCCUCUCAUUCAUCCCAUCACAAAAUGGCACCCCACAAAACCACGACCAUCGAUGGAACAACCACGGCCACACGAUUUUCAGCCUACCAUCAAAUUUUUCAGAUCAGGGUCAUAUCCUCUCCUCCGGAGAUGGGGAGAAUGACAUACCUGAAGCUCCCACUAUGCCAACAGUGACACCCGCAAAAACACCUGUGCGACGCAUUCGAGCACGAGCUGCUCCGAAGACUCCAGGUAGUGCUACUCCUGUUCCAAAGCCAAAGUCAAUGAGAGGGACAGGAAGUAAAUCCGGCGAAGGGAACAGACGGACCUCUGGUAACUCGGACGAUGAGAUCUCAAAGCUCGCCGAGAGCCAGCUCGGUCGGGCAGGUCUUAAGCUUGAGCCAGAGGGACUUGGAGCUGCACCUGUAGAGACACCCGUGAAGCUGGAAGGUGCAACUUCAGGGAGAGCGUUUUCGGAUGAAGAUAAACUGAAAGCCGUGAAGUAUAUUACCUCUCCAGAAGUGUGGCCAACAUUCAAGCUGACACAGACCACAACCUUCACAUAUAUAGCAUGUGUCUUGCUAAAAGGCCGAGUCGACCAUGCUCAAAUUCGUAACUUCUGGCACAACCAAGCUUGGCCAAAGUACAAGGCUGUGCGAGAGCGCCAAGAGCACACUGGUGGAGGUGAUGGAGAUGAAGAUGGAGAGGGAGAUGAGCUUGACGGCGAGUGCGGGAAUAUUGUCGAAGAUGAUGUUGCACUAGAUGGGACGAAGCGAAAACGCACAUCAAAGAAAAAAGUGUCGAAGAAGGUACUGGAUGAGUUUGAAGCUAGUGAAAUUUUCAGAGCCAUUGACGCUGUCCACGACAUCAACUCGAGCGAGUCUAUCUCAGAUGAUGAGACUCCACCGAAAAAACGAAUGCAUAAGUCAGCAUCAUUUGAGGCCAAUGACAUUUCCGAUACCAGCACACUUCUUCGCGACAUGAUGGGAACUAUGGGCGAGCGUCAUAGACGGCAGGCAAAAGUCGACGAAACUAAUCUAGAGGUUGCCAAACUCAACAUGGAGGUCACGUUGAAGCAGUGA